AUGCGAUUCUUAAACAAUAAUACAGCUAGCAUUACAAAGAUACAUAGAGAAGUUUAUCCAAGAAUGUAUCUUACAACUGUUAUUUUAUCUGAUGGAUCGUCUAUUAAUAUAAGAUAUUACGAGCCUAGAAAAAUUAUAAAGUUGCCUUUAGACUUAUCUCAUUUAUCAGAAGAAGAAAGAAGGAUUAGAUUAGAAAAGAGGAAACCAAAGAGGAAGAUUAAAAUAACUGAGACCAUUGAAGAUAAUUUUAAUGCUAAAAAAUACUUAAAGUAUCUAAAAAAAUGA